GCUGAGUGGGGAUUAAGCAGGACAGCACUGAGAAGAUACAACAAAACAAGCAACCAAACAUUUACUUCAUCAGUCUGGAGACAGAGAAAGAGGAAGAUGAAGAGUUUGGCCAAACUUCAAGGAAACGCAGAGCAACUGAUGAUGUCUUUAUCAAACACUCUCCCAUCCUUGGCCCUGAGUAAUCAGCACUGGAUGCAAGAACACACCGAAGGGAGUCUUUUACUGCAAGACAAGCAGGGUUCAAAGAAGGAUACAGAAUGGGAAGAUGGAGAACAAAGCUGGAGCUCAAAACUCAAACACAUACCUGAGGGCAAAGAAUCAUACACAUUAACAGGACUCAGCGAUGUCUGCCUGCCUCCUGAUACACCUUCAACCUCCAUCUCCAUUGAUGACCUUUCUCCAAUCUCACCCAGCAACCAUCAGCCUCUUUCCACAAGACAACCCUCUACCACACCCCAACUCUCUGUCAAAGCCCUCAAGAGAUGGUUAAGCAGCCCAGUUCGAAGGUUUAGUCUGAGUGGAGGUGGCAAGAGUCAGAGCUCAAAGGCCAUUCAGAGCCCAGAUGGGUCAUCCUAUAUGUUUCUCCCUCUCUCGCCUGCUCAAAGCCCACUGAGCCCAACGGAGAAGUCCAAAAAACUGCCCCGCUCCUACAGAUCUCUGGACUGUGCUGAACUUUCAAGGCCGACAUCUCCUGACAGCCCCUAUUACCCAAAAUACCUAAAUGAUCUCUUGCAGAGGCAUCAGUCUUGCGAUGUGCAUUCUUUGGAGAGAGAUCUCGACUUGACUGACGAAACACAGGUACAAUCAGAGGAUGAUGAGCAGGAGAGAAGAACUGCCUUAGAGAAAAGCAUAUAUGUGCUGACAGAGCUGGUAGAGACAGAGAAGCUAUAUGUGGAGGAUCUGGGGCUUGUGGUGGAGGGUUAUAUGGCUACAAUGAAUAGUGUUGGGGUGCCUGAGUAUUUGGCAGGGAAGGAUAAAAUUGUGUUUGGGAACAUUCAUCAGAUCUAUGACUGGCACAAAGACUAUUUUCUUGGAGAGUUGGAGAGAUGUGUGUGUGAACCUGACCUGCUGGCACAGCUGUUUAUUAAACAUGAAAGGCGGCUCAACAUGUAUGUGGUUUAUUGUCAGAACACGCCAAAGUCAGAGCACAUUGUCUCAGAGUACAUUGAAACCUAUUUUGAGGAACUGAGGCAACAACUGGGUCACAGACUGCAGUUAAAUGACCUGCUCAUCAAACCUGUUCAGAGAAUCAUGAAAUAUCAACUGCUGCUGAAGGACUUCUUGAAGUACUACACUAAAGCAGGGAGACAAACAGAAGAUCUUGAGAGGGCAGUAGAGGUGAUGUGUUUUGUUCCAAAGCGAUGCAAUGACAUGAUGAAUGUUGGAAGACUACAGGGUUUUGAGGGUCAGCUGAGAGCACAAGGGAAACUCCUGCAACAGGACACCUUCACAUUCAUCGAGAAUGAGAACAGCAUCCUCUCCCGUCCCAAAGAGAGACGUGUGUUCCUCUUCGAGCAACUUGUCAUCCUCAGUGAGCCAAUCGACCGCAAGAAAGAUUUUUCCCUGCCAGGAUACAUCUAUAAAAACAGCAUCAAGAUUAGUUGUUUGGGCAUUGAGGAACAUUGCCCAGAUGACCCAUGUCGGAUGGUGUUGACCUCUCGUAAUAUCGAUGGAAGCAUGCACCGAUUCAUUCUUCGUGCAUCAUCUCCAGAAAUCAGAACGAGCUGGGCAUAUGACAUCCUACAGAUCCUGGAGACACAGCGCAACUUCUUAAAUGCCCUGCAGUCUCCUAUUGAAUUCCAGAGAAAAGAAAUUAAAUCCCUUAGUCUGGGAAAGAGCUUGACAACUUCACCCUCACUAAACUCUGGCCUGCAACCCUAUAGCUCUGCCUCCAUAGACCGCCAGGCUUUGCCCUGUCUGCACUCCUGGAAUUCUUUACAACCUUCUACACCUCAUUGAAAGGUUAGUGUUUGCUGGAUUGUGAAGGUGCUUUUUCAUAAUUUAUCCAUUUAAAUCUCAAAAAGAGAAUUCCGUCUGGUCUCAUGAUGUUAUAUUUUGUAGAGUAUUGAUAUUUCAUUUAAAGACUAACAUGAUUUCACUCUUCUAUCAUUUCCAGCUGUCAGUCCUGAAAAGGCAUUUUCUUAUCUUCGUCUUCCAUCAACUUGUAAAAUGCCAUCUGUUAUCCUCAGAAGGAACAUUUUCAAUCUGUUACUUUUUCUUAUUUCAAUUUAGACAUUUUCUUUAGCAGUGUAUAUUCACUGAAUGCCACUGAUUUUCAUUUAAAAAGCUGUCAAUAAAAAGAUUUUUAAGUUAUCCCAAGCAUCUCUGUGUUUAUAUUCUAUAACCGGAUUUACUUCAUUUUUCAGGAAAAACAAGACAUGCUACAAAAUGUUAUGACCAAAGCCUUUAUCUCAUUCCAUUCGACAACAAAUGCUUUUUCUUACAUUUACAAAAGAGGGGGGGGGGGCUUUUUUUUUUUUUUUGCCCCUUUUAUAUUUAAGGGACUUUUGCAUAUACUACAUGUUCUUUAAAAAAAAAAUUAUAAGUAGGCAGCCACACUUUUUUGGGGGACAGAGAAUUAGCUACCUACUGGUAGACAUACAAACACUAAAAUAAAUUAAGAGUCAUGCAGACAAAGUGAGAAACCUAGAGAUGAGAAGACAGAAUCGCUGCCGUUAAAUGAGGAGGAAGCAGAGAAGUUGUUUGAGAAAUAGCAUCAUCAAAGUCAAUCUCAACAUUUAAUACGCAGCUAGAAAAUCAAAUAUUCAGCUUCCAAUAUCUGUUCAAGCCUCCAUUACCUUAUGCUCAUCUGAAACUAACCAUAAGAAUCAAGUAGCCUUACAUCAAUGCUUUUACAUGCUCCUUUUUGACCUUGCGCUCAUGCUUACACUUGAAUAUGCAGAGCAGAUAAAUAGAUGCAUUCUCCAAACAGAAUCAUAGCAUCUCUAUACUUAUACUAUUGCAGGACUGCAUCCUUUACUUGUCUUUUUCACAACUAAAACAAGCUCGGUGACUGGUAGAGAGCAAUAUAGAACAAUUUAAAAGGGCUUACUUUUUUUCUGUUUUGAGAGGUAUCGCAUGGCAUUCAAGAUACAAGUGAAUAAGAGUUAGUUUUCAAUUGUGUUUUACACCAUUGCUUGUUUUAAAAUGUGAUUUUUAUACUGAACCUCUCUUUUUUUCUUUUCCAAACUGUGUUCUUUUACUUCCUUAACCUCUUUUAAGGCUUGCUGGACAGUCAAUUUACUCCUGUAUGGCACCGUUUUUAGACAGGAUGUAACAGAAAGUUAAGGGAAAAAUAUCACAUACUCCUCACGCAUACCUUGACAAGGCCAUAAUGUUAGACGUUAUUUGAAGAAUUUGUGGUUCAAUGGAUAAUGCAGCAAACAGUCAUUAGGGCCUCAUGCCAAUGAUGAGCGAUAAUGUAAAAUCCAUUUGAUGUAGUUAAAAAAAAAACACUUAUCUCUCUCUCACACACACACAUCAAACAAUAUGCAGGGAAACAUAACUAAAUUAUGCACAAGGAUGCUAUACUGUACACUGGAUUAGACAGCAAUUACAUUGGCUUCUUACGUGCUUUCACUCUACAAAGGGUUGUUUUUUUAAUUAUUAUUUAUUUCUAUCAAAUAUAGAUUAAAAAUCAAGGUGGAGACCAAUUUAAAUUGUUUAUCAUUAUCUUUUGAUCUUAAAGGUUACUUUUUGUUGAGAAAUAUACAUAGUGUCUGUUUAUGAUUUCUUAGUAUUGUUUUUUUUUUUCAUUUUACAUUUUCAUCACAAAAUGUAUGAUAAUAUGUGGGAAAUAAUUAGAAUUAAUAAAGCAUCAGGUGUGUCCCUAUUUCUGACUGCUGCUGUAAAUAUAGCCUAACAUUUUAACAUUAACCAUUUUAUUAGAUUUUUUUCUUAUGUGCAACUAUUCUGAAAAGUCUAUUAAUGUUCCUUUUUUAUGUUAGUAAGGUUAGUUAUUUUAGCCAUUCUGCAUAGCCACUGCAACCCCGCCCCAACCCCUACCACCCAUCACACACACACACACACACACACACACACAACCACACACACACGCACACUCAAAUGGCUUUGAAUGAAAUCCAGAUCAAAUAAAUACAUAUAUAAAACUUUUACAGUAAGUGCCUUUGGAAUAUUUGCUUAUGAUGCGUGAUUGCUAACUAAAUUUGAAAAAGGCAACAUAGGACAGUGCUGCUUCACAUCUGGCUGCUAUUGAAAUCAGGCUGCAUGCUUCAGUACAAUAGGACACAACCUUAAAAAGACCCCAGAAUAAAGGAAAUUAAAAAAGUAUAAACAAUAAACAAGUCAUACCAGGACAGUGAUUAAGCCUUUGGCACAGUCACUCUUUAGAACAGAAAAAAUAUCAAAUUCAGAUUUUACUAAUGCACAAUGAAUCACCCCUCCUUCUCUAACUGAGAAAUUUCCUGGAGUGUGUAUGUGGGAGGGAGAGAGAGAAUGAAAGUGAUAUGUUGGAUUGUCUGUGGUUUUAGCUUGCUAAUGAUGUUCAGUCUUUUCCUUCUUUUAGUGACGUUGAGGGUCGGGUCUCUCCAAAUGAAGUCCAUUUGUUUUAGUGCAAACGUACAGAGAGAUGACCCUCAAUAAAACGCACACAGACACACAUACACAAGUACACACACGAUUAAUGCCAGACAGGGAGCUGAUGUGACAUUCCACCUGAAUGUCCCAAAGAAGGUGUCUCCCUUUAACUGGAUUUAAAAAUUCUAAAAGUCAUGGUUAAAAAUGUUUACCUCCGCAGUCUUCUUUUUCGUUCUUCAGUUUCAAAAGAAACUUCUUCUUUAUUCUCAUCAGUUUUAAAAGACUAGUUUACUCAAAAAUGUCAAUUCUGUCAUAAAUUAAUAAUAUUGUACGUCUCCUUAAGUCUGAAACUACAUCCGCUUGAGGAAAUUAUGACAGAAUCCAUUUUUGGUCUCAAUGUCCAUUUAAAUGUGAUACUGAAACAUGAUUGGCUGAGGAGAAAAAGACAGCUGAGCAUAAUUUACGGAAUGGUUUGAUCUGUAUCUAAAGAAUUCUUCUGAACAAAAAUAAAGCUAAAGAAAGGAGACACAAAAAUACGACAUCUUCAGGUAUCAAAAAAAUCUUAAUCAGCCAUCACUGUGUAUCUCAUCCGUCAGUCAUGUUUGAUCACUUUAUGACCUAUCCAAAAGUAGAGGCCUAUUUGAACUCCCCCAUACUCACAUGGGACCAUGAACAGUACAUCCACAGCGCACUUCCAG